AUGUGGUGCAUGAUAGAAUUAAUUACAAUAACAGUUACUGCUUUCAUCGGUGAUAGUAUAGUAUCAUCCAGGGAUCAAUUAAAAAUUAUAAUUAAUGAUAUAAUAGUGGACUAUGCGUUGCCGAAAGAUGUUCGAAACGAAGCUAAGAUAUUAUUGAACGCAGUGGAAGCGUGGCCGUUACUACGAAGUGAUGCUAAAAUAUUUAUGCACGUUUUGGAGUGUUGGUCGUUAGAAAUUAAUAUUUUUCAUAUGAUUCAAUUUAACAAGAGAUUAUUGUUAAAAUUUAUUAGUGUGAGCACGACUUAUUUGAUUUUUUUAUUGCAAAUUUCGCAUUUGAUGUAG